AUGUUGCCAUCUAUGCCAAUUUUGUUUACGAGGGAGAGUCAAGAUGCAUUCGGCAAUAAAAUUGAACCUAGCACUAGCUACUUUAGCCAAAGCUCAGUCUCUAAAACCGCCAUUAUUCCAGAACCACCACCUCCGAAGGUUGAAAGAGAUGUAUCAAAAGCAGUCACAGAAGAGUCAGAAGAAAAAGAGACUCAAAAGAAAAAUAAUGACCCACCAAAACCAGAUGAAAAUGCACUAGAAAAAGCUUUAGUAAGAUCAUAUUAUAGAAAAGUACAAGUAAGAUUCUCCUCCAAUCCUUCAGUGCCUACAAAUAAAUUUGUACAGUUCCAAGAACUGCUGAAAACAUUUGAUCCUUCAAAAGAAACUCCAGUUGAUUUAUAUAAGAAAGUAGAACAAUUAUUUGGUGAUGAACAUCAAGAUAUUGUGGAGGAGUUUCUUUUAUUUUUGAAGCCUGGACAGGCAGCAGAAGUAGGUAGAUUUAUGGACCAUUUCAUGUUGACGCAAAUCACAAAUUUUAUAGAAAUGUUGCAAACUACAUUUAGUCGAAAGCCCACAGUACUACGUAAGAUAAUGCGUGCAAUCACAACCGGUAUAAAUAGUGGAAGCAGUGAAGGUAUGAAGUCUCGUGUGCUGCCACACCUACGCUCCAAUCCUCGACUUACACAGAUGUUUAAAUCACUAUUUCCCGAUGAUAGACCACCUGACAGUGCUUACGAAAAUGGCACAGAUAUAUCGGACGAGAAUUUUUUAACUGCAGACAAGGGUUACGAUGUUUGGGAAUUCGAAGAUGAAAGAGACAGCAAACGAAAACUAGAACUGAAAGACAACUUAGAUACUGUGUAUAUUCAAGGUAGAGUAUUUCUGCAACAUGGCAGAAUGCUACGUUCAGCGUCAGUCACAUAUCCAUAUAGUAAAGAACCGUAUAGGGUGCAUGCACGCCGUCUCGCUCCCGCGCACUGUUACAUAUCACCUUCAGAAUCGGAAGAAGAACGAUCGUCGCCCAAACGAAAUAGCAAAAGCACAUGUAAAAUUCCAGCAAAGAGAACUAAAAAACAAAUCAAAUCACCCACUAAAAAUGUCAAAGAUGUGAACGACAAUACAAAACACAAAGAAUGUACCGUUCCUGCACUAAGCAAACCUGUUAAAGGAAAAGGAGUUGCAAAGAAUAAAAGCAAUAAAGAAAAAAAGGAACAAGAAGUUAAGGAAACAAAAAGAGAUAAAAAGGAGAGGUUAGAUGUUAAAAGUCAAGCAUGUCCAAAGAAAGAUGAUAUAGUGAAAGUGAAACAGGCUAAAGCCGAUACAGCUCCAGCUAAAGUGGAACUCAAAAGUUGGACAAGGGAUGAGGAUAAAACGAUGUUACAAGUAUUAAAAGGGGAGGCUGGUUCAGAGCAAGUCUUUGGACGAAUUAGGGAACUUUUACCGCAUCGUUCAGCGACAGAAAUAAAGGAAAGAUUUUGUCACGUAAUGAAUUUGUUACAGCAAAUGGCUGUUGGUGAAGUCACGUAG